CGGUGAGGAACAGGAAGCCUUGAAGGGUCAAAAGGAAUACAAAAGCAAAGGCUAUUUUCUUUCUUUCUUUCUUCUUCUUCUUUCUUUCUUAUUUUUUUUUUUUCAUAGAGCGAGCGGCCUUUGUGGUGGCAGUUUGGGGUGGGCGCCGCUGAGGUGAGAGUCUCGCCUCCCGCGCGGUUAGAUAGGUUUUUCCAUUAUGGAUGGAGGGGAUGAUGGUAACUUUGUUAUCAAAAAGAAGUUCGUGUCUGAGGCAGAACUAGAUGAACGACGUAAAAGGAGGCAAGAGGAAUGGGAAAAAGUUCGAAAACCUGAGGAUCCAGAAGAAUGUCCAGAGGAGGCUUAUGACCCUCGAUCUCUUUAUGAAAGGCUACAGGAACAGAAAGACAGGAAGCAGCAGGAGUACGAGGAGCAAUUUAAAUUCAAAAACAUGGUAAGAGGCUUAGAUGAAGAUGAGACCAACUUCCUUGAUGAGGUUUCUCGGCAGCAGGAGCUAAUAGAAAAGCAACGAAGAGAAGAGGAACUAAAAGAACUGAAGGAAUACAGAAAUAGUCUCAAUAAAGUUGGAAUUUCUCCAGAAAACAAGAAAGAAGUGGAGAAGAAACUGGCUGUGAAACCCAUAGAAUCCAAGAGCAAGUUCUCCCAGGCAAAGCUGUUGGCAGGAGCUGUGAAGCAUAAGAGCUCAGAGAGUGGCAGUAGUGUGAAAAGACUGAAACCAGACCCUGACCCAGAUGACAAGAAUCAAGAGGCCCCAUCCUGUCUGUCUCUUGGAAGCACCUCCCUGAGCGGCCCCUCCAUCCACUGCCCCUCCGCUGCAGUCUGUAUUGGCAUCCUCCCAGGCUUGGGCGCCUACUCUGGGAGCAGUGACUCGGAAUCCAGCUCAGACAGUGAAGGCACCAUCAAUGCCACCGGGAAGAUCGUUUCCUCUAUCUUCCGAACCAACACCUUCCUCGAGGCCCCCUAGCUUCUCUGUCCUGACCACAGGUGACUUCUCCCCAGGAGUAGAUUGGACGGUUUAUUCUGCCUACAGGCAUUACCUCCCUCAACAAAACUCCUUUGCCUGCUCCCUGUGCAUCCCAUGACAUCUCUAACCCAAUCUAAAAUGUGCUGGAAUCCA